AGUCAAGAGAAGUAAGAGGUGGGAAACUUAGUCCCGCUCUCCGUCGUUGCAUCAUAUAUCAAAAAACUAAUAUCGAUCGAUCCAUGGCAACUCAAGCCCCCACGGUGAAAGUUUACUACGGGAAGCCCAUGUUGCCGGAUGUUUCAAGGGUGCUCGCAUGCCUCCACGAGAAGGAUGUCGAGUUCAACCUCAUCGAUAUGUAUGAAGGUCAACAGAUGAACGCCGACCUCGUCAAACUACAGGCAUCGCGGACGCCAGUAUCAGCCUUUGAAGAUGGAAACACGAGGCUAUUUGAGUCCAGAGCAAUAUGCAGGCAUAUAGUUGAGAAGUAUGCAGAACGAGGCAACAAGUAUUUACUUGGCAGAGAUCUGCUCGAACGAGCUUCAAUUGAACAAUGGCUCAAAUCAGAGCAACACAGCUUCAAUCCUCCAAGUUGGGCUCUGGUCUGCCACCUCGCAUUCAACGUCGAGGCUGAUCAAGCACUGAUCACCGAGAGCGAGAGGAGGCUGAGCAAAGUUCUUGAUGUAUACGAGCAGCGGUUGGCGGUGAGCAAGUUCCUGGCUGGCGAUGAGUUUUCACUCGCUGACCUCUACCAUCUCCCUAACUCUCAUUAUAUAGUGGGAUCAAGGAAGUGGGGUUAUCUAUUUGAAUCGAGGAAGAAUGUAAGCAAGUGGUGGGAGGAGAUCUCGAGUCGGUAUUCAUGGCAAGAGGUGGUCAAGAUACUCAAUGAGGUUGGCUUGUUGGAGGAGGUUGAGGUGAGGUCGAACGGAGGUUACAAAUUUUUAGUCCAGAAGAAACUUCAACUGCACUCGCCUUCUGAAGAGCAAAAGGAUUUAACUGAUCAAGAACAUCCCACUCAUAUUCCAGUAUCCACUGGCAAAUCAAUUGUUCUGAAAAGCACCACCACUCCCCAGUCUUCUCUUCCACUAGUAUUUGAUCCCUCAAGGGAAAAAAUAUCCAAAAUUAUCCAACCAAUGAAUAUGGUUGAUUCAGUAAAGCAAUCGGUAACUCCACAAGGUGAAAAAGAGCAGCAGAUACAUCAAGCUGAUACUGCUAAUAAGUUCGCAUAUGAACCAACUACAACUAAAGAAGCUCCUGCUGGUGCCCCGUCAAGCCAAACAAAACAUGAAGAGAAAAUUGCUCCUGAUGAUCAAUCUACUGCUGAUUCUAAGCCCCUCCCUCAAGAGAAGAAAGAACCAACUGAUACUAAGCCUUUCUCUCGACAAGAUACUUCUAGUGAAAGUUCAAGUGACAAAAAAGAGGAAAGUGCAAAGACAACCGGAGCAGAUUACGGAGGUCAACCAGCUGAUCAACAAGAUACUGGAGAAGACAACUCCUCAAAAUCUCCAAAAUCUACUGAUGCUCGGGGUACUCCUAGUGAAAAAUUAGGUGAGAAAAAGGAGGAAAACACACAGACAAGCGGAUCAGAUACCAAAGGUCGGUCAGCUGAUCAACAAGAUACUGAAAAAGUUAAGUCCUCAAAAGCUCCAGAAUCUACAGAUACUAAGUUUUCCUCUCAACAAGAUACUACUGGUGAAAGUUACUCCUCAAAAUCUCCAAAACCUACUGAUGCUCAAGGUACUCCUAGUGAAAAAUUAGGUGAGAAAAAGGAGGAAAACACACAGACAACCGGAGCAGAUACCAAAGGUCGGUCAGCUGAUCAACAAGAUACUGAAAAAGGUAAGUCCUCAAAAGCUCCAGAAUCAACAGAUACUAAGUUUUCCUCUCAACAAGAUACUACUGGUGAAAGUUUUGGUGAGAAAAAAGAUGAAAGUGCAAAGACAACUGAAGCAGAAUACAAAGUUCGAUCAGCUGAUCAACAAGAUACUGGAGAAGAUAACUCCUCAAAAUCUUCAAAAUCUACUGGUGCUCAAGGUACUCCUAGUGAAAAGUUCGGUGAGAAAAAGGAGGAAAAUACACCGAAAACUGGAGCAGAUGCAAAAGGUCGGUCAGAUGAUCAACAAGAUACUGAAAAAGUUAAGCCCUCAAAAGCUCCAGAAUCUACUGACACUAAGUUUUCCUCUCAACAACAUACUACUAGUGAAAGUGAUACUAAGGUUUCCUCUCAACAAGGUACCACUAGUGAAAGUUCAAGGGUGAAAAGAGAGGUAAGUGCAAAGACAAUCGGAGCAGAUUACAGAGGUCAAUCAGCUGAUCAACAAGAUACUGGAGAAGACAACUCCUCAAAAUCUCCAAAAUCUACUGAUGCUCAGGGUACUCCUACUGAAAAAUCAAGUGAGAAAAUGGAGGAAAAUGCACAGACUACUGGAGCAGAUACCACCGGUCAAUCAGCUGAUCAUGGAGAAGUUAACUCCUCAAAUGCACCAAAAUCCAUGGAAUCAACCUCUGCAAAAGAAACAGAUCCUUCUACAGAGUCCAAAAAAUAAUCAACUCAAAAUCAGCAACCCAAAAAGCAACCAGCUACUCCCCAUACAGCUGCUUUUGCUUUGUUGAACAGCACAACAAGCUUUACUUCCACCAAUAAAUCAUGCGAUCAUCUUCCAUGUUCGCAGUCAGCUUCAAUCAGUAUCUCCUUCUUUGUUAUUGCGUAAAAGUUCAGUCCUAAAUAGAUCAGGUUAAGCAUGUUAUCUUUGAGGUGUAUGUGGCUUCAUGAUUGUGGUUUUUCUUCUAUUUCUAUUUGUUUCCUCCCAGAGCACCUGUUGUUUCUAUUAAUAAAACAACUUUUCCAUGUUUGCUUGAA